AUGUUGCUAAGGCAUAUUCUUUCGACCAUCCUACUGGCGGGUACCUCUGCUUCUCGUCCUCGUACAUUUAAGAAGGUAGAAGCUGAGCUGGAAGAAGAGGAGAGAUCUGAAGAAGAAUCAGAAGAGGAGUCUGAGGAUGAAGCUGGAGCUGGAGCUGAAAAGCAGAAAGGCACUCAGGGUAUUAUUCAGGUUGACAAUCCAAAUUUAACAAAACCAAAGAACGUGAAAGCGCGAGAUAUCGAUAUGGAGAAAACAACUGAGCUGUCUAGGCGUGAAAGAGAGGAGAUUGAAAGACAGCAAGCUCACGAAAGGUACAUGAGGCUGCAAGAACAAGGAAAGACAGAACAAGCGAGGAAAGAUUUAGAGCGUUUGGCCCUUAUACGACAACAGAGAGCAGAAGCUGCUAAAAAGCGAGAAGAGGAGAAAACUGCCAAAGAGCAGAAGAAGUUGGAAGCUCGCAAGUAA